GCAGCGACGGUAUAUAGUUGUGCGGCGUCGCAGGAGGAGUUGUCAGUGACGCGGAGUCUGUGGUUUGGAGUGUGACCGGGCGGAGCCAUGUGGAAGAGCGCCGUGAUUCUCAUUUGGGCCUGCCUGGUGCUGCCGGCAGUAUUCGCUCUGCCCGCGAUCAGCCGCGCCAAGCGCCAGCGCGGUUACACCGAGCAGGAGUUGGUCGCGGCUCCGUACGGCGCCCGCCCGCCGUCUGGUCCCACUGCGGUGCCCAACCGGGCCUACGGAGAAGUCCCCUCCGAGCAGGACCAGCAGCGGUUCUCGACCCCCCGACUCGGCCCGAGCCAGGCGAGCGUGCCCCCGACGGUACUCCCGCAGCGGAGAGGUAACGCCCGCGGGUCGAAGAGAUUCGGUGGCGUGGGGAGUUCCAAUCUCCAGAAUGAGGUGCGGGGCGUGUUCAGAGGCGCUCCCGAGUCUCUGAUCGGUCUCGCUGUCCUGGCCAGAACGGCAGGUGAUUUCAGCUCAGCUAGCGGACGACAGGGUCGGUUUGAUGAUCAGCAGCCGUCUACCUUCGCGACCGCCCCUGGCUUGCAGCAGAGCUACAACUCGGCUUCAAGUCCUGGGCCUGUGGUGAAGCUUCAAGGUGUUCCUGCCCCUAACAUCCAGUCAAACUAUAAUGGACAAGGCCCCACUUCUAUUCCGAUCCCCAUUCCUCGGCCAAAUCUCGCCCCUGACGCCGGGAUCAAUUCCAACACCAUCUCUGCCCUCGAACCAGCGCAGAACUACGCUGCUCCUCCUGACCCUCGCCCCAACUACGUCCAAGGAGCUGCAGUUCCGUCCAUCAUCCUCCCCCGUCCCACCGUCUCUCCCAGUCCGGUGCCCGGACCCAGCUCUCUGCAACUGGAGCGUCCCAUCGCGAGCCCUCAGCGGGAGCGGCGACCCAGCGACCGGCAGCAGGCGGGCUACCGGACCGCCCUCAAGACCCUGUCUGGAGCGGCCCGUGCUGCCCAGAUCCAGAGGAACGUCGCGUAUGACGGCGGCAAUCAGCAGGAGUUUAGAGACCAGCAACCAGAGUAUAGAAAUCAACAGGAAGGGUUCAGGAACCAGGAGCCUCAAUUCACAAAUCAGCAGCAGGAGUUCAGAGAUAAUCAGCUGGAAUUCAUAAAUCAGCCAACGCAAUACAGGAACCAGCAGCAGGAGUACAGGAAUCAGCAGCAGGAGCUCAGAGGUAAUGGACUAGAAUCCAUAACCCAGCAGCCGCAAUACCGGGAUCAGCAACAACAGCUCAUUGAAAAGCAACCAGAGGCCUACAAUCCGGCUGCUUACAUGCAGGACCCCGCCCGCUACGAGUUCCAGUGGGGCGUCAAGAAUGCCGACGGCGCCGACUUUGGGCACCGCGAGGCGCGCAGCGGGGACCUCACCGAGGGCUCUUACUACGUCCUGCUGCCGGACACGCGCACACAGACGGUCAACUACCGCGUGGACGGCCAGAGCGGCUUCGUGGCUGAUGUGCGGUACGAGGGGCAGGCGCAGUACCCUCGUGGAGACGGAGAGACUAGCCAGUACAGACAGCGGGAGGCAGGCAGAGUGAGGGAGGUGGUGUCAGUCGGCUACCGGGAGUCUGAUGAGAGGAGGCAGCCGACGGGUAACCAGCAGUUCGGGCUUCAGGCGGAGGCUGGAUAUCAGGAGUAUACGAGUCAAGACGGGACUGGUUACCAGACUCCCGAUCAAGGACGGAACGGCAACCAACUCCACGGACGGGAACAAAACGGCUACCAGCCUCAGUCCCAGAAUGGUUACCAACCUCAAAGCAACGAGCUGACCAACUACCAGUCUGAGACUCAGGAGCUAGAUGAUUACCAGCCCCGAGGCCAGGAGCAGAGCGGCUAUCGCCCCGAUCUUCAGCCUCAAUCGCGCUCCCCGUCCGAGGCCCAAAACCAGUUGGACUAUCAGACCCAGGGUCUCAAACAGUCUGGAGAUUACCAGUCAGAAACGCCGCUGCAGCAAACCUAUCAGGCCAACACGAGCUAUCAGCCUCAGGAACAGCGGUCCGGAUACCAGCCGGGGGCCCCGGAAGCGGCUGGUUAUCACGCACAGAACCGAGGGCAGUUGAGAUACCGGCCCCCAAAUCCGCUCCAGCAGUCCGGGUAGCAGACGGAGUCGCCGGUGAGGCCCGACUUCCAGCAGUCGGAGCCUCAGGGUCGGUACACUUAUCAAGCCUAGAAAUGGCAAACUUUGUUACCGACACUCAUAACGUGAACGUCGAUUUUAAAUGAGUUAUGUGUUCUGCAGAUUGCCAAAGAUAACCAGGAAGCAGCCCUCCCUCACUAAACUAAACCAGGCUCUGGCCAAUUGUGAGUUUCCUGAUGUUGCAAUGUGAAAAUCGACCGCGACAAGGGCCAGCCGUGCCACUACCGGUACGGGGCUCCAGUCAAUGGGUCAUUUGCGGCGCGGUUCCCACAGGCUGACAUGACCCCUGAACCGGAGUCGAGUCGGGUCGUGGUGUGCCAUCACCGCUCACUAUAAAGAUUAAAAACUUCCUUCCCUCUCCGAACGCGGUUUAGGCUAUUACAACACUAAACAAAAUGUGUAUUGGCUGAAAAAACUUUUGUUUUUCACGCGUUUAUUGUUGUUCGCGUCGGCUAUGUUAUGUUGUAGUUUACAUUACAAAGAACGAGAUAUUCAUCGACAAUCUGAAUUUGUGGGGUAAAUUAUAUAGAUUAAUUUACUCAGAACAAGUCAGUACUUAAUUUCCUUUGUGUAAAAUAUCUUGCACAAAUAUCGGAUGGUAUUUAUGUGAAGAUCUAUCUGUCAGGCGAGAGCAAUGGUUCUUUCUGUUUGGUAACGAUGUGCCUUUGGAUAUGGUUUGCGUUCGCUUGGUUUUGUUACGUUCAUAGCAGUUCCUGUUGCAUUGUUAAGUUCCUUUGUUAUGAAAUGGUGUAUGCAUGAAAGUCAAUAAAUGCACGCAUGCUAUUCA